AUGACCACCUCUGAACUCACCCAAUCAGACGAGAACGAGCCUCUUCAGUCUACUGCUGCUCAGCUUCUGGCACUUAUAGAAUCGACGAUCGAGCUUGGUGUCCUCGUGCACGACAACCAAGGCACACACCAGUCGCAUGCUGCCUUGGCCCACAGAACCAACCAAAUCAUAAGUCAGCUCUCCGGCCUAACUCAUAGCCCGUUCACUCAGCAAUUUCCUGUUCCCGUGGAUGUCAUAAGCUACAUUGAGGAUGGGCGUAAUCCGGACAUUUAUACCAGAGAGUUCGUCGAAGUGACUGCGAAGAGUAACGCCAGACUCAAGGGCAAAAUGCUUGGAUUCGAGAAGCUCUGCGAUGUGUUGGGCAGUAAGCUAGUUGAAGAGUUUCCACAUCUAGAGGAGGCUGUCAAGAGCGUUAAAGAGCGUACAUCGCUAAAUCACGAGAAGCUGAGCUGA